GCCCAAGUCAACUGGCAUGGGCCAGCCAUGGGUUUUCUUUGCUCUUUAGACAUACCCAGUGUGUCCUAAACUCUUUCCUUAGUUAAGGAAUGUGCUGUUGAUUUGCCACAGAAUUCCAUGUUUCCAGUAUUGGCACAAUAAAAUAUAAAAGCGACAUGCUUGCCAGUGCACAUCCACAAAAAACAUAAGGGUACCACAAAUCCAUUUUUAUUAAUUGAAUAAUUUUAAUCUUCUGGACAAAACCUCAUAGGUUUGAUUUGGCUGACCUUCUUCUGAUUACUUCCAUGUGGUCAUACAAUAUCUGGCAUAAAGACAGCUAUAAAAUAGCUGGAGAGUGGAAAAUAUCUGUUAAAAUCAAAGGUGACGUGUGCAUUUUGGGUAGGAAUGUGCUUUUCAGUUAUACAACUAUCGUGCUCUAUUUAGCUGCAAGAUGUGUCUUGUUACCUUCUUGGGAGUUCACAGGUUAUUUGACAUUCCCCUGAGCUAUAAAUUAUGGGGAUAUGCUUACACUAGGGUGGUUUAUUUAAAAAAAAAAAAAAAAAAAAUUACAAGCCACCUCGAGAGAGAGACUUCUUUGUGCACGAAACCUUUAAAUUGUGAGCAGACAGUUGCUUGUUUCUUUUGCUUUUUUGGACUGAGUUGCUUCAGGAUCUUAUUCUGUGUUUCACCAUGAAGACUGUCAUCCUUCUUCUAAUGAUGUUCUGUUGCAUGGGAGGGUUGGGACAGAAACAGACACAAAAGAAAAGGAGCAAUGGUGAAGAAAUCCAUUUUCAGACUAAAGUCAAAGAUGCUUGCACAAUGAACAUGAGUGGUAAUGGGGAAAUGAAACUCAGAAUUGAAUGCAAAAACCAAGGCAAGUCUUACUGGUGUGAAUAUACUGGCAAACCAUCAAUUUGUCGUCCUUUCAAUAACAACCCAAAGGUUUAUUGGAACCAGAUUGCCCUUGAACUUAGAAAACUCCCAAACGCUUGCCAGUCCACCCUAGUGCUGAAGCCCAACAUGUGCCAAAAGGCUCCCACAGAUGCUCACAUGAAGCAAGUAGCUUCCAGCAUGAAGCCAAACCAGAAUCCUAGCCAGCAAGCAGAUACAGCCAAUCAGGGGAAAUCAAUCCAGAAACCCUCAGCUUCUUUAAAGCAAGUUAAAGAAACCCAGGCAGGGAAAGGCUCUGCCAAAAAAGCAGGGAGACCUAAACCAUCUACACAACCUCUUGUAAAACCAACACAGCAUGGACAAGGGUCUGAAAAUGAUACUGAAGUAAUGAAGUUGGCACGAGAGCAUUGCUGGGAAUCACUGCACGCUUUCUGUUCCUACAUCAUCAGCAUCUUUAAAGGUUAAGAAUUGCUUCA